AUGGGCCCCUAUACCGCCUCCUCAUGCUGCUGCCAGGCCUGUAAUCUGCCAUGGGCCUCCGUACCGCCUGGUCACGCUGCUGCUGGGUCCACAGUGUGACAUGGGUCCCUGUAACCGCCCAUUGCUCCCACUCUGCCAUGUGCCACUUUGAGGUCUCCUCACACUCCUGCUGUUUUCCAUUUUGUCAUAGGUUGCUGGCAGAUUACAGGCCUCCCAUAGGUGCUGCCAGGCCCCAAAUCUGCCAUGGGCCCCCGUACCGCCUCGUCACGCUGCUGCUGGGUCCCACAGUGUGACAUGGGUCCCUGUACCGCCUCCCAUUGCUCCCUCUCUGCCAUGUGCCACUUUGAGGUCUCCUCACACUCCUGCUGGUUUCCAUUUUGUCAUAGGUUGCUGUAUGGCCUCCCAUUGCUGCUGCCUCCACG